UCACGCAUAUAUACGCAGCACGAGGCUCGGAAGCUCACAAUUUUUGUGCUUGAGUUUGAGUGCGUUAAGCUCUAUCGGCUUCUCUCACGCGUUCUGCUAAUUGUCAACGAAGUUAGCCGUAUUCGACAUGCCUGGACGUCCGCUUUGGCAGGUUGCUGGGAAACGAGAGGCUAGCCAGGAGGCUGAAGCCCAACAAUGGAUCGAGACGGUGGUCGGAGAGAGAUUUCCAUCAGGUGUGAGUUACGAAGAUUCCUUAAGAGAUGGGGUCCUUCUUUGCAAACUUAUGAACAAACUGCAACCGGGACUUAUCACCAAGAUCAACACCUCCGGCGGCGAUUAUAAGAUGAUGGAUAACCUUAAUCAUCGACUUUCCGCAAUCGACAGUGUUUUGCUUCGGAACGACUCUCGACUCGCACCCUAUCGACAUCGAGACCAUUGGUCACCGACUCUCGCCGGAAUCGAGAGAUCCAACCAUCAGCGACUAUUGACCUCGAGUUUAUCCCUUCGAGGCCAACGAUUCCGCCAUACUUGGACACUCAAGAACCGCGACAAUAGCUGUUCCAGCUGUUCGCGGUGUAGAUACCUCUUGCCGUUCUCUGACAGCCUGCUAAAUAAGUACCAAUAAAGUCUGAGGUCGGGUUACCGUCGCGCGUCGCAGUGAACGCAGACGGACCGAUGCCUCUCUCGCAGUAGCUAAAUCCUGGCCAGAUGAUUCUCUAGCGUUAUCGUUCAGACUCGCUUCGAACUUAAUAUUCGAUCUGUUGAACAUUUGAAACGACUGUUUAUAUUGUCUUGUAUUGCUCGAAUGGCAAUAAUCUACAUUCGUUCAUUCUCCGUUUUGGUAAAAUUAGUCUCUCUACUGCAUUAUGAAUACAAAUCAACCACCUCGCGCUACUGUCUCUCAGUACAAGUAUAUUCUAGUUUAAUUACGAAAUGUUAAAAAACGAUUUAGUGUGAUGUCCACAACUAUUGCCCGCAAGAGACAACGUGGCAACAAUCAGUGUCCCCAGUGGAGACUACCCACUAGCGUAUAGUAUAGUCCCGCACACAAAUGGUGGCGAUACUGGCGAUCUGCAGCGAGUCUCCAACGGGCACUUUAUUCCGCGUUAUUCAAACCAUAGCAUUUUUUAUUCAUACAAUUUUCUUUCUUUCUACAAAUCCUAUACUACUUCUAAUAGCCUAAAUCUUCUAAUACAUUAUUACUGUCGUUUCCUAUUUCCAUAGCAAUAUCCGGAACAAUUAGGUUUCGUGCUAAAAUUAUGCUAUAUCUUGUAAAAGCGUAUGUCUAUUUAUAAAUCCUUUCCCUUUUCCAUAUUCCUAUUUCUAUUGUUCAGAAUAACUUGAUGCAUCGACAUCCUGUAAGAAAACCAUACGAUAACAAGGCAAAAUAUAAUUAGUUAACAUAAUAAAUAACUAACCAAACUUCAAACAGCAAUUAA